AUGACCGCAUCCCAUCUCCCAGAGCAGCCAUGCGUCACCUUCAUAUGGUACCUCCGCUCCGUCCCCAGCAACAACGUCUUCAUCCUCACCACCGAUUUCCCGCUCUCCAACCCGCGCGAUCGCCCCAAGCACAUGGAUUCAGAAGAGGCGCGGCAGCUUGGUAUGCUCGUCCAGACCAUUAUCCCGGAAAAGCACGAGCUGUUUGUUCAGAGUGGACCUUUUGCGGGGCAGUACGAACACUUCGAACAUGUCUGUGCAGAGAUCCGGAGGAAUGUGGACAGGGGGAUCAAGUUUGUGGGCCAAGACACCAAGCUUUGGGUCGCUUUCGGUCUUCCUCAGGAUGUACAAGCAGUCGUGAUGGGUGUUCUUGCUGGAGUUGGUAAUCAGCUUGCACUGAAGCCCAGUCAACCCCCACGCCUCUGCUUGGACCUCUCGAGUAUGGCCAACGAAGUCGAGCAGCUCGACGCCUAUACGCGUACGGCUGACGGCUUCAUCACUCCACCCCUCAUCAUCGACGAGCCCGAUUCACCCUCGGGCAAUGUACCGCCCUCUCGAGGCGGCAACACCUACUACUCUCACCAGGAGGUGGCAGAGAUCGUGCGCUCCGCCACUCGAGACCUCCAUGACCACAUCCGCGCCCUGCGCGAGCAGCUCGCAGAACGAGAGGACAUGUUGAUCGAGAUGGAUGAACUACUCUCUCGGGGGGAGCGAGAUCAGGUGUACGUCUAUAUCAUCAUGACGCCUCAGCGGGGGCCGGAGCCGUUCUAUAGGGUCAAAAAAGAUUUGGUCGCAGAGGAUCAGAUUCGGAGUUGGGUGGUGCAUCAGACCGGGUUGGAAGAGUUCAAGGAUGCCGAACGGUAUAUGGUGCUCGUCGCCGCGGAUCAAGAUAUACCUUACCAGCACUGGUUCACCCAGCAGAGAAAGGGCAAGAGAGUAUUGAAGGACGACACCGAUGUCGUCGAGUGUAUCAUCGAAAUGAUUUCCUUGGGCAUACCUUCGACCGACAGAACUGUGCAUAUUUUCGACUCUAAUCAGCAAAUCGAACAGCAAGACAUGGACAUCACUCCGACCAACAAGGCAAAACCCCUUCCCAACGUGUCCCAGGAUGCAGCGCCACAUUCGUCUCUCGGUUCUUCUACACCAGGUCUGCAAGCCCAUGACGACCUCUACCCCCUGGUCGACUACCGCCCUCAAGUAGCAGAGGAGAUACUGAAGAUCCUUCGAGAUGAAAGGGUUCCUGCGCUCUCUACCGCUACGAGACGCCUCGUUGCUCUGGCCCAGUCGUUGACUUUGGCCACCCAAAUCAGCUCGAAUGCCACAACCCCUCGCAGUCCCAACGCCACCAAUCCUUCAUUCCAACAACUGGGCGACCGACCCCAAAGCUACUCGAAAGCUUUGAUGCCCCCGUCAGACAGCGCCACCACUCUCACCGGCUCUGAGGGCAAGACUCGUGCGAUCCGAGGCAGCAUCACCUCAAUCGAGGCUGUCAUCGGUGGCAGUGCCAACGGGGCCAAGACUGGCUCCACUCGCACCGCGUUUGACAUGCUCGUAUGGCGCAGAGAUGUCGGAGAAGCGGUAGGAGAUGAAGGGGAAGAAGAUGGCUCUGGUCCAAGGAGCAAAGGUGGCGACAGCAGUGAGACGCACGAGGGAACUCAAGACUUGCUGGACGUCCCGAGGACGAGAGGAGAAGCCAAGAGGAAGAACCCUUUCCUAGGUCAUCGACAUCAGUCCAGUGCGCCUCCCGCUACCAAUCACGCCCCUGCAAUCGUGGUCACCGACGCCCCCUUGAGCCCGUCGGCGCCCCUGGCUGCGCUCCGUCUCGACGAGGAUAUCCCCAGCCCAACAGCAAGUCCGUUGAUAGGAGCGACGCAUGUCAUAGAUGUGGACCAGCCAGAGAAGACCGCAGUAUUCGUGCCGCUCGUCUUGGGCUCUUCGAGUGGCCGUUGUGUUGAAUCAAAAAGUUCCUCCCCGUACGAGCUCAGCCGUACCGAUAGUACAUAUAUUGGCUCUCAAGCCCUUGACCGAGAGGUGACUGUGGCGCAACAGGUCGAGACGGCUGAUGAGGGGAGCCCAAGGAAAAAGGCAAGGCUGCUGGGUGAGAGGCUGGAUUCGGUGGCUUUGGUCAGUGGGGCGCUAUAG